GUGAACAUUCCAAACUGAAGUUGACUACUAGAAACGUCUUCAUUGAAUGCACCGCCACCGACCUUCACAAGGCCUCCAUCACGCUUGACACCAUCGUCUGCAUGUUCUCCGAAUACUGUGCAACUCCAUUCACGGUGGAACCUGUUGAAGUUAUUCAGGCUGAUAACAGUCGAUCCUUUUUCCCGCGUCUGGAAUAUCGCAACGAGGUCGUUAGUGUCGACUACAUAAACAGUCUGCUAGGCACAGCCUGUUCUGAAGGUGAAAUCAUCAACCUCCUCACUAGUAUGGGCCUGAGCUGUCAGUCCGCGGGAGCAACCUCCGAUUUGGUGGCGGCUACUGCAGCCUUCAGCAUAUCUCGCGACCAGGGUGAGCUGCUUUAUGUAUACCUCUUUUUUUUCAUCCCGGGCUUAUUAGCAGCAGCCAGUCAACCAGUAUGUCUUCCUAGUUGA